GGGUGACCCCUGGCCCGGCCCGCUGCCUCUCGCCCUUGGAGAGCUCCAGCCGCCCUCGCCCGCUCCCCCUUCUCCGCCCGCGCUUCUGCCUCCCCCCCCCCCGGGAUCCCGCCCGCCCGCCGCCCUCCUCUCCCUCAGCCCGCCUCCUCCAAUCGCGGCCGCCCUUACUGCCGGGUGGGCUGAGCUGCCCGCCUGCACGCCCAGCUGAUCCGAGGCUCGGCCAUGGUAAUGUCUGCCGCUUUGUUAUUCCCCCUCCCCCGAAGAUCCGGGGCGGAGAUGGGUUGGGGGGCGGAGGGGGGCGCGUGUGUGCACGGUGGAAGCUCGCGAGGGAGAGGGAGGGGCGGAGGGGACAUCCUCCACGCGCCACAUCGCCCCCACAUCUUUUGCACCCAAGGGGGAAUGGUGAUGGGGCUCCCCACCCGCCUCCUCCUCCUCCUCUCCUUUCUUGCUCCCGCUCGGGAGGCUUCGGAGCAAUGAGGUGGGUGCUGGAAGGAGGCCGGGAGGAGGGUGCGCAGCCGGAUAGUGAGGCACCCUGGUUUGUGCAACUAGAUGCACCAUGCCAGAAAGGAAGGGAAAAAAUGCAAAAGCAUCCAGAUCUCUCUACAGGUGCAUGCAGAAUUACAUGAACCCCACAUGUGCAAACACUCAUGUGCAGAUGUGGGAAUAGGUGCACACAUAAAGCAUGUGUAGAUUUUACACCGGCUUUAGCCCAGGGGAUGAAUUUGAAGCGAACAGUAUUGUUUUGGGAUUACAAGGAGAAGCUACAUUCAGUUGAGAUAGCAAUCUUCCCAAGGCCACCCAGUAGUGAGCUUUAUGACUGAGCAGGAAUCUGAACCAGAGUCUCCCACAGGCACCCUGUCUACUGCACCAUGUCCGCUCGCUCGUCCAUAUCUAUACUCACACACAAACACUGUCCAUGGGAGCAAGCACGCAGCAAUAAAUGGGAUGUGUCAUGCAUAUGUGUGCACACCCUGAUGUAUGCCUGCAGGGAUAGGUACGAUCACCUGCUAAAGCACAUAAAUGCACAAAUACAUGCACUGCUUAAUAUACAUAAACAUAGGGACCUUUUAACGUAAAUUGCAUACAAGUAAUCUUUAUUUGUCAUGUACAUCUAAGUAUAGGCGCAUGUGGAAGGAUUCAUGUUUGAAGGCCCACCUGCAGAUAGACAUUGCAGACAAAUGUGUAAGUGUAGGCACAAAUACGUGGACACAUUGACCUAGAUAGGUAUGCAUUAUACAUGGACACGCAUGCACAGGCAGAUAAUGUGUAUAUAAAAUAAGUCUGUUCCACAGCUGAAGUGGGAUCCAAACUGCCAUUCCAGACAAUGAACUGGGCUUAGAAAAUCACUUCAGUAUUGGGCAGAGAGCAUCAGAGUAGAUUGUACAAGCUACCCUGAGGAUGGAACCAGUGUCAAGUUUGCUGAUGUCAGCACAGAAGUGAAUAAGCCUUGAUAGAUUGCAGUAGAAUGAACUUCCAUGCAAGAAGCUGAAAGCCCCAUGGCUUCCCUGUUUAAGAGUGGGUCUUCCAGGUCACUCGUUAGGAAAAGGAGCGUAGCUUAGUUGUCAAGCCCAUGCUUUCCAUGCAGAAAGUCCCUGGCUUGAUGAUCCCUGGAAUCUCCAGGUAGGACUGAGAGACUCCCUUGAAGAGCAUUCUUCAGCCUUGCGUCCUCAGAUGUUGCUGGACUCCCAUCAUCCCCAACAGGUUUGGCCAAUGGACAGGGAUUAUGUGAGUUAUUACUCAGCAACAUCUGGGGACCCAAGACUGAAGAACAGUAGACAAGUGCUGAGCUAGAGAGACCAAUCAUCUGACUUGAUACGAGGCAGCUUGUUAUGUUCUGAUUUAGGGCAAUAAAUUAGGGGCUAGGUGCUAUGUCCCCACACUGAGAUUUCCUCUAGCUCAGUUAUAGAAGAGGGCAAUUCAGAAUUGUCUUGUCCCUGCCUAACUCUUUCCAAAUCUGGGAUCUUCUUAUGCUGGAGAGAAUAAGGCAUUGGUGCCAUUCAUGGAGAGGAGCCUGACGAUGCGCUAAGUCAACCCAUGCUAACCACCUGUGCUAGAAGGAAAAGUGGGUGGGAGUUCUUCAGGAGCCAACACUUUACAUGGUAGGCCAAAAUUUGGUUUACUGUGAACAAAUGAAGCCAUUCUCUAGAUAUGCUACCAUUUCCUACCAAAUGUUGUUGCUCAUGCCCCAGUGUAGCCAUUCCUUAUUACUCUCCAUCUCUGCUCCCAGUUAUCCUCAUCUCCUACAAGUUCAUCUGUAUGUAUGUGCCCAUUAAUCCAAGUUUGCUUUCCAAACCUGGCCAUCCUCCACUUGUCAUACAGAAAAAGGGCAACUGAAAGGAUCAUUCGGCUGGAGCACUUGCCUUAAGCUUAUGGUGUUUAUUAAAGGGAUGGCAGGUUUUAUGAAAUUAUGAAUGGUGUUGGACUGAAGUAACAUCCUCUCUCACACAUCCUGUAUCAGAACUUGGCAUCACCAACAAGCAGUAAAUUCAGGAGGAAUAGCAAAAAGAAGUGCAUUUUUCACACAGAAGUGCAUUAAUGAAUGUUCAUUAUUUGUUCAUUUAUCCCAGUUAUUUAUUAGUCACUUUUCAGGGUCAAGCCCUUCUUAAGGUAAUGUACAAAGAGAAAUUAAAACAGUAGACCAUCAGGCAGAAUACGAAGCAUUGAUUGGAUACAGGCCAGUAGACACAAGAGAGAAAUGGCGUGAAGUCAGCAAAUCUCUUAAGAAAAAGCAGUAGGGGAAAGUACAAGUUUUUAAGACUUUAUUGAAAGCCAGAACUUAAAUGGUGAAUGGUAACUGAGAGAGAGUUCCAUGACUGUGGAGACACCACAGAGAAAGACCUGUCUUGUGCAGGAGGGGUUGCCCAGUGGGAUGGAGCUACAACAGUAGCCUCCACACAAGUGUUUACUGGGAGGGCCAAGAUCAGGACCAUGUGAAUGGUCUAGCGGAGCCAUUCCGCACACAGUCCCGAGCUUGCUGCCUCCUUUCCUCUCCCAGUAAGCACCAGUGACAUUGCUGCCAAGAGGCUAUUGCUGCAGCUCUGCCCCACUGGGCAAGCCACUCUGUGCUCACCAAGCAAACCAGUUUGACUGGGAACACAUUAGGAAUUCACUACUGCAAUCUGGGGAGAUGGCCAUUAGCUUGCUUGCUUUUGUUAUUUAAGUGCAGGACAAAUUCAGCAAGAGAAGAGCCAUCAGUGGCUGAUAGCCAUGAUAGCUAAAGUGAAUUGCUAUGUCCGGAGGCAGUGUACCUGCAAUAAAAGCAACAGGGAAAGGCAGGCAUCCUUGGACUUUAAUUGUUAGCUUCCAAGGACAUCUUAGAAUCAUAGAAUCAUAGAGUUGGAAGAGACCACAAGGGCCAUCGAGUCCAACCCCCUGCCAAGCAGGAAACACCAUCAGAGCACUCCUGACAUAUGGUUGUCAAGCCUCUGCUUAAAGACCUCCAAAGAAGGAGACUCCACCACACUCCUUGGCAGCAAAUUCCACUGUCAAACAGCUCCUACUGUCAGGAAGUUCUUCCUAAUGUUUAGGUGGAAUCUUCUUUCUUGUAGUUUGGAUCCAUUGCUCCGUGUCCACUUCUCUGGAGCAGCAGAAAACAACCUUUCUCCCUCCUCUAUGUGACAUCCUUUUAUAUAUUUGAACAUUGCUAUCAUAUCACCCCUUAACCUCCUCUUCUCCAGGCUAAACAUGCCCAGCUCCCUUAGCCGUUCCUCAUAAGGCAUCGUUUCCAGGCCUUUGACCAUUUUGGUUGCCCUCCUCUGGACACGUUCCAGUUUGUCAGUGUCCUUCUUGAACUGUGGUGCCCAGAACUGGACACAGUACUCCAGGUGAGGUCUGACCAGAGCAGAAUACAGUGGCACUAUUACUUCCCUUGAUCUAGAUGCUAUACUCCUAUUGAUGCAGCCCAGAAUUGCAUUGGCUUUUUUAGCUGCCGCGUCACACUGUUGGCUCAUGUCAAGUUUGUGGUCAACCAAGACUCCUAGAUCUUCCAGACAUCUGUUUAGGAUUGUGCAGUCCCUUUCUUAUUUGGGUUAGCCUGUUUUCCUGGAUUGGUUCUCCUAACCAAAAGGCACACUGGAGUCUCCUGCCAGUAGCAUCCCAAGCCAGUUUUUUGCCCAUGUACUUCACAAAAGAAUGAAGAAAGCCACUGAAGCCUAUUCAUUUGGGGUGAAAAGUAUUUCUCAUCGUGUGUUGGGAUCUUAUUAUUUGUAUGUUCUAACAGACUCAGCAGGGGAGAUCCAGAAAAACUAGUUUGGGGGAGCAAAGGGAUGGCAAAGGCAAGGAUUAGGGGAGCAACACAUUAAAUGCAAAUUAUGCUGUAACUGAAAAGAGGGAGCAAGUCAUUUUCUUUUGGCUGGAGGAAGGCCAGCUAACACUUGGAGUCAUCCUUGCAGUUCAGACUGGGAUUUUUAACCUCAUAACACUGCAUGAGAAGUUAGAUUACAAGAGUGUGACUUGCCAAAGGGGGAUCAGUGGACGUCGCGGGCUGAGCGGAGAUUUAUUCCUGGGUUUGCCCCAUCCAAACCCAAUAUAUACCCCUUGCACCAGUUUUCACUUUAGCUGCCUCCCCAGCAAUAAACUUGCAAUUACCACCACCCCACGUUUAUUCUCUCCCUCCCCCUCUCUCUUUGCAGUCAGCUCCAGAUUCAGGCAGUGGCCCUCCGCCUGGGCAGCCGGCCCCAUUUCCUCCAGCUCCACCGCCACCACCAAUUCUGCCUCCUCCCUUUGUAAGUUGUAUUUCAGCUUGUAUCUCAGCAUGUUAAGCUGCCUUCUGGUCCUUGAUCCUAUGCAACGGGGUGUAUGGUGUUGUGCGUGCACACGAGAGUGUAUAAAGGUGUUAUAUGUGACAGGUGAUGCAUCCUACUUUAUCAUCGCUGUGUGUGCCACCUUGGACUCCUUUGUCUGCGAAGUGUGUGUGUUUGUGUGUGGGAGAAAUAAAUUUAAUAUUAAAUAAAUGUGAGGAUGUGUUUUGAGUACAGCGGUACCUUGGGUUACAUACACUUCAGGUUACACACACUUCAGGUUACAGACUCCGCUAACCCAGAAAUAUUACCUCGGGUUAAGAACUUUGCUUCAGGAUGAGAACAGAAAUCGUGCUCCUGUGGCGCGGCGGCAGCAGGAGGCCCCAUUAGCUAAAGUGGUGCUUCAGGUUAAGAACAGUUUCAGGUUAAGAACGGACCUCCGGAAUGAAUUAAGUACGUAACCAGAGGUACCACUGUACAUGUGAAAGUGGCACGAGUGUGUGUUUGUAUCUACUCUUUAUAUACCAGAGCAGCAAAAUAAUAAUCGUUAUCAUAAUAACCAUAUGGCACCAAUUCUCUUGAUGAUGCUUUGCAAAGUAUAAGACAGGAGUAGGGAAUCUGUGGCCCUUCAGAUGUGGCUGUACUACAACUCCAAUCAUUCCUGAUCAUUGUCAAUCGUGGGCAGUGAAAUGCUGUGAAAGUCUGAAAGGUCAUUACAGGCUUUGGUGGAGUUCAGAUCCUGUUGUCUUUCUACACGUUUCCUUUACUUGAGUCGUGGUGCAGAAUUGCAGCAUGUGAAACGUGGACUGGAGACCAUUGCCUGGACUUCAGUCUGCCAGUUCGCCAUGUCCGCGGUAGGAUUUUGUAAGCUUGUAUAUGCGCACAAUUGCCCUCCCUAUCUGUUGAAGUGCAGUGCUGCUGUGGGAGGGGUUGUCCUGUGAAAAUGUUGCCUUCUUAUUGCCCUGAUGUUGGACCCAAUUUGCUUCUACUUGACAGAGGCCCAAGUCAUGCCAUGGUUGCUGGCAGCUGUUUUGGAUACGUGCGACUUGGAGUGUAUUCUUUCUCUUUUUCUCCUUGCUCCUAGAUGCCUCAUCCUGGGAUCCCACCUCCGUUCCCUCCAAUGGGAUUGCCCCCAUUGGGACCGCGCCCGCCCCCUAUGCCGCCCAUGCCUCCGGGCAUGAUGCCUCCUCCCCCAAUGAUCCCACCCAUGCCUGGACCACCACCCCUUGGACAGGUAAUGCCUUUCCCACAAAGCCUUUGUUUGUCUUUCUGACCAUCUUCUUAUGACUUAUACCAUUUUUGGGUUGUUUCCCCCAGAUGCCCACAAUGGUACCACCAAUGCUGCCUGGGAUGAUAAUGCCUGGGGUGCCAGGUGGGCCUGUUGCUGUCUCUGGAGGGGUGAGUAUCUGGGAGGGGCAUAGAUCUCAGUGGGUUAUAGUGAGAUAAGGGUCUCCAGUUUGUGGCAAGGCUGCUGGUAGUGGCACUCACACUAGGAAUUUGGUGACAUACCUGUAUAUCAGUAGGACGGCCUUUUGAUCUUGACCAGGGGUCAGUAAACUUUUUCAGCAGCGGGGCGGUCCACUGUCCCUCAGACCUUGUGGGAGGCUGACUAUUUUUUUGGGGGGGGGAAUGAACGAAUUCCUAUGCCCCACAAAUAACCCAGAAAUGCAUUUUAAAUAAAAGCACACAUUCUACUCAUGUAAAAACACAAUGAUUCCCAGACCAUCCGCAGGCUGGAUUUAGAAGGCGAUGGGGCCGAAUCCGGCCCCCGGGCCUUAGUUUGCCUACCCAUGAUCUUGACUGUGGCCUACAUUCCUGCUUGCCUCUCCCUGCCAGUAGAGGGCAAAGCAACCCCAGGGUACAAAGGGUUGCAUGUGUACUGCAGUAGCCGCUGAAACUGGCUUGUUUAUUACUCCGAAUGUGGCAUGUGGUGCUCUUGAUGAAGACAAAGUCAAAAAGAAAAAAGUUGGCCACACUAUUGGAGAAGGGUUUCCUGCUGGCUGCUGCCGCUAGGGUCACCAAGCUGUGGGUCGUGUUAUCAAUUUGGCCCAGGCAGAUGUGGCAGCGUUUGCUGGCCUUUGAUGUAGCUCGAGCAUCAGGGUAUGUGGAUGAGUGUUGAAAGAGAUAGUCGGUGCUGUUGGGCCUUACUAAAUAGGCAAGAGGAGAGGCCAGUGGCCUGUUUUCAAGAGCAAAGUUGUCAUGGGAGGGGGUGACUUAGAAUGCAGCAGCAGAACGUGUGCACAUGAGCAUGCACACACAUGCUUAACUCUUCACAUGCCUCCCACUUCUCUGCUCCAAAUCACUUUGCCUAGCCAAUCUUUUUGCAACAUGUAGAGUGCCUUGAGGGCAAAGAGGCCCAGGAAUUCCCUCCAGUUAUGGACAGAGCAGGUUCCAAACACCUUGAUUUAGUUCCCAUUUCUCUUUUGACAGGCAGGUCCUGCAACAGACCCAUCCAGUGGUGAGUAUCCCAGUGGAUUUGUCCUUAAGGGAAGGGUGCAUUCAGAUUAGGAGCAAAUCCAACAGCAGAGAAACCUGCUGCUUCUCACCCUGGUCUUCCUUUGCAAUGGAGUUACUGUACCUUCUACGGCUUCAUGCUGUAGCCUCUCAGUGCAGAGAGGAGCAAUAACUACAUCUGUUGAAAUUUUGCCUGAUUCGUUGCUUUCAAAGGCACAGCACCUUUAACCAGAAAACACUGGAGUCCUACCAUCCAGUGGCAGUCCAGAUGAGAUGGUUAUUUCUGCAAGCUUCCUUUUGCUCCCCCAUUAUAGAGAAAUUGAAAUUGGUUCCUAGAAGCUUGUAUCCUCUUCAGCGCUAAGCCACUGUACCUGGUCUAAUCUCUGCUCUCUUGAUUUGCAGCCACGGCGACCCAAGGAGCCCCUGUGGUGAGUAACUGGCCAAGCACCAGUUUCAGAGGAAGAAUUAAAUGCUCAGUUGUCACUCUUUUUAUUAUGGGGAGUUUAAGGGCAGCCUCCUUCAAGGUUCCACUUCCAUGGUCAGCUAGUUUGCAUGUUCCCAGCACUCAAAACUCCAGCUUUUAUUUCUGUUGCUGGAGAAAAUGUGAUUCUUCCCCCAGCUGGAACAAUUAUUUGUGUCAAUGUGAAUGUUGUGUAGAGGUGUGGCUGAGGCACUGACUGGAUAGUGCCUGUGGAUGAGGAAGAGGCACAACUCAUGGGGAGGAAGCGUAGCUCAGUGGCAAGCAGAAGACCCACCCUAUUCCUAUGGCUGCCAUUUGUUUUAAUUGUUUUUAAUACUGUAGAAAGUGGUUUGUGGAAUGCCUGCCAGUGGGCAUCUGCUGUGUGUGGCUUGUGCUUUGCUGACGCCGCUGCCACCAGCACCUGCCUUGUACGGUGGCAUUGUAACUUCAUGGGUAUUUUGUCAUCCUAGAAACCUUGUGCUGAUGUUGUUGGGCCUUGUUUAGAGAGACUGAAGAGCAAUCUGCUUCCUCUAGUGCUGGAUCUUCUGGAUUUGUGCAAAAGCAAAUCCCCAAAUGGAAGUUGGGAAACAAGGAACAAAACUGGAGUUUUUUUGGCCCUGGGAGGGGAGGGGAGUUUGCGUGUGUAUACGAUGGUUGAGCUCCUGAUUCAGAUGAGGAACCUUGGGGAAGGGUCUCUAGCAGCUGCAAGGGGUAUUUUGUUGAUGAUAUAGACCAGAGAAAGAAAUCAAGUGUGGUUGCUUAUAUUUGUAAGCAGUGUGUCAGCUUAUUUUUCAUUUCCCUCUUUUGCAUAAUUUAUUCUGGUUGUUAUGGGAAGCGGUAAAGAAACUAAGGUAAAGGGACCCCUGACCGUUAGGUCCAAUCGCGGACGACUCUGGGGUUGUUGCACUCAUCUCGCUUUACAGGCCAAAUGAGCCGGUCUACAGCUUCCGGGUCAUGUGGCCAGCAUGACUAAGCCGCUUCUGGUGAACCAGAGCAGCACACGGAAACGCCGUUUACCUUCCCGCCAGAGCGGUACCUAUCUAUCUACUUACACUUUGACGUGCUUUCAAACUGCUAGGUUGGCAGGAGCAGGGACUGAGCAACGGAAGCUCACCCUGUUGAGAGGAUUCGAACUGCCGACCUUCUGAUUGGCAAGCCCUAGGCUCUGUGGUUUAGACCACAGUGCUACCCGCAUCCCAUAAAACUAAACAUGAAACUAAACUGGGCGCUAAAACUUCCCAACUCCUUGACUAUAGGAAAUUUAUUACUAGACAGCCUUUCCCACAACCCUGAGACUUAGGAGAUUUUCUUGUGGUGUUGCCUACAUGGUUUGAACCCUAUCUUCAUAAUUACAGGCGCUAGAAACUUGCUUUUUUUUUUUUUACUACUUAUUUAUUGAAAAUGGAAGCUGAUAUUCUCAGAAUACCGGAUUUUAAAUUUUUUGCUCAGUUCCAGUUUCUAUUUUGAGAUGGUGUGAUUGCAAGAUAUCCAUGCAAGAAAAACCUCCUGCAAAGUGUCCCAUUUUCUUCUCCUCCUAUUUUUCCUCAGAAGCCUUCAUGGACUGAGCAUCGGGCUCCGGAUGGGCGAGUUUAUUACUACAAUUCUGAAACCAAACAGUCAAGCUGGGAAAAGCCGGACGAGCUGAAGUCCAAGGCAGAAGUGAGAGCCCUAGUUAGCCUUGCAUUCCAAACAUAGAUGCCUUACUCUUUGUUGAGUUAUCUUGAAUGCUGAGGAGUGGAGGCCAGCAGACCAGAGAUAGGAGCUAAGGGACAAAGGGAGAGGGGGGAUCCUGUGAGCUUAUUCAGAAGCAGCCCAAAGAAAAAGCACAUUGAGGGUUCUUGGAUUCAAAUCCUACAAGGAAUGGUUGAAAUUGCUGGGUAUGUUUUGCCUGGAGAAGAUUAAGAGGAGACACGAUAGCAGGUCGCCAGAUAUCUGGAGGGCUGUACAAAAGAACAUGAGAAUAGGCCUGCUGGAUCAGGCCAGUAGUCCACCAAGUCCAAUAUCCUGUUCCCACAGCGGCCAACAAGGUGCCUGUGGGAAACCUGCAAGCGGGACCUGAAAACAGGCACACUCUGCCCACCUGCAACUGGUAUUCAGAGGCUUGGUUCUCACUACAGCGUUCUAUCCCAUAGGAGUGAAAGGCAACCAUUUGCAAAUUCCGGGCAAAGUAAAAAUAAAUAAAUAGGGGUGCAUCUGGGGACUUCAUUGCUGCCAAGGUGAAGCUUGUUCCUGUCUUCUUGUGCACCAAUUACUGACACCCCUGCCUGCUCUCAUCUACAUAGCCCUAUCUUACAUUUUGUCUCUUGGUCACUCUGGACUGUGACAGUGUGUUGGGCGUUGGCUUCUUCACGUACACACAAAUAUACAGAUGGUCCUUUUGACUGUCUUUUAAAAAGGGGGUGGUGGUGGAAGUUUUUGUGAGGGAACCUUGUCACCACCACCGUUUUAGGAAGAGCGCAGGCAGCUCCUAAGGUGUCCUUUCUCUCCCCCUUCAGCUCCUGUUGUCGCGCUGCCCUUGGCGUGAGUACCGCUCAGAGACCGGGAAACCUUAUUACUACAACACUCAGAGCAAGGAGUCCCGCUGGACCCGUCCCCGUGACCUUGAUGACAUUGAAGGUGAGGGUCUGGGCCGCCAGGAGCUGAUUAGGCCGGGGCUGGGCCCUGCCUUUCCUCAAGCGUCACCAUGGUAACCACCCCCUGCCUUUUGUUUCCUCAGCACUGAUCAAAGAAGAGGAAGAAGAAGCAGAGUAAGUCCCUGUGGAGGAGCUUCACGUGAGGAAGGGCUUCUCCUCCGGCCAGCUUAACAAUCUGGCAUGGGGUCCAGAAUUCAGCAUCCAAAAAACUAACUUUCUUGUGUUGAAGUUGCUUUUAGAGAGAGCAAGGGGUAAGGGAAGCUGUUGGGACUCCACAUCCCAUCAUUCCUGACCGCUGGCCCUGCUGGCUGGGGUUGAUGGGAUUUGGAGGCCAGCAACACCUGGAGGGUCCCAGCCCUGUUCUUGCCCUUAUGGCCAGUGCAAGAAGCUUGAAAACAUCCAUUCCACCUCCAGAAGAGGCUCGGGCAAGAUCCACAGUGAUUGAGACUUUCAAGGCUCGCAGAGGCCCUAUUUUAUGGUGUGCUAGCCUUGUUCAGCAUCUCUCUCUCUCUUUCCCCUGCUUUUAGCCCUUGCCAAGGAGAGAAAAGAUUUAUUUGGCGGGUAGCAGAAUUAUUUAUUUGGCUAUUUAUUUAUUUAGAUCACUAGCAGAUAAAAAUUAUUACCGACCCCUAGCUAGUGAUUUAUUUAUUUAGAGCAUUAGUGCCCUGCCCUUCAGCCCAAAAUGGCUCCCGGAACGGCUUACAUACAGCCAAUGCAGAAAAGGCCUCUUGUGGUCAGCCUCCGAACCUCUCAUGGGAGAAGGCACAUGAAUAAGUGCCUCAGAGGAUGGUCACAGGGUCCGGGUUGGUUUAUAUGGGGAAAGGCGGUCCUUGAGGUAUUGCGGUUCUGAGCCAUUUAAGGCUUUAUAGGUCAAAAGCAGCACUUUGAAUUGGAAACUAAUUAGCAACCAGUGCAGUUGGGUCAGGAUUGGCAUCAUAUGCUCAAACAGUCUUGCCCUGCUGAGCAACCUGUCCGCUGAAUUCUGCACCAGCUGAAGUUUCCGAACUGUCUUCAGAGGCAGCCCCAUGUAUAACCAGAGCAUAGGAGACAGAAGUUAGGUUGUCCCUGUCCGGAUAGGGGCAUAGCUGGGCCACCAGCCAAAGCUGAUGGAAGGCACUCCUUGCCACCAAAGGCACCUGAGCCUCAAGGGACAGCAAAGGAUCCAGAAUACCACAAGCAUGUGUAUAAUAAUAAUAAUAAUAAUAAUAAUAAUAAAUAAUUUAUUUGUACCCCGCCCAUCUGGCUGGGUUUCCCCAGCCACUCUGGGUGGCUUCCAACAAAGAUUAAAAAUACAUUAAAAUGUCACACAUUAAAAACUUCCCUAAACAGGGCUGCCUUAAGAUGUCUUCUGAAUGUCAGGUAGUUGUUUAUCGCUUUGACAUCUGAUGGGAGGGCUUUCCACAGGGUGGGUGCCACUACCGAGAAGGCCCUCUGCCUGGUUCCCUGUAGCUUUGCUUCUCGCAAUGAGGGAACCGCCAGAAGGCCCUCGGCGCUGGACCUCAGCGUCCGGGCAGAACGAUGGAGGUGGGGACACUCCUUCAGGUAUACUGGGCCGAGGCCGUUUAGGGCUUUAAAGGUCAACACCAACAUGAAUGGUGCCAGUUUCUUGUGUGUGUGUUCUGGUGCACAACGUUCCGAAGCCUGGUCUUCUCCCCUUCCUUAGGAGGCAACCGCAGCCUCAGCAACCAGAGGCGCCGCUGUCGGGCCCUGACAGCCCCACCCCAUCCUCCGCAGCCACCUCAGACACAGAAGGCACCGGGGGCAUCGAAGGACAGGAAACGCCAGGCACGGAGGGCGGGCCAACUGCAGCUGAGGAGGAGAUUGCAAGCAGGUGACAUGAGGGGCGGGGGACAGAGAGGGUGUGGGAUUAAGGCCUCCUUGGGUUUUGGGGGGACGAUGACUCCAACUGCCAUCAGCUUCAGCCAGCAUGGCCGAUGGCCAAGGAUGAUGGGAUUUGUGGUCCACGGCACACAGACAGCUACAGGCUCCCCCAUCCAGGCUUGGCUUUCAAACUGGGGGUUUGUGGAGUCUCCCCCCUCCUUGGGGAAUUGGAAAGGGAACACCAAGCGGGGGAUGAUUAUGGAAGUGGUAUUCUAUUCCUGCAAAAUAAGCCACAGCUUCCCCUCCACACACACUAUUGCAGGUGGUCAUAGAGCUCUGGAGUGUGUCAUUUUGCAGUGUGUUUAGCGCAGGAGGUGUGGGCUGGUUGUUGUUGUUGUUGUUGUUGUUGUUGUUGUUUUUCCCCGUUGAGGGCAUAUAACAGCCUAGUACACCAGAGAGAAAAGGUUAGUGUGGCCCUGUCCCUGAUGUGCUGGAUUCGUACAAACAGGGAGGUUUUAUUUUCUUAUUAGGGUGCAUUAAGAAAAACAACAACAUGACAUGCCCACUGGCUGCCUGAAGUGGUACAGGCUAGAAUUCUAGCGCCCGCUUCUUUGGCUCCGUGGAGGGAGGGGCUGGAGAGUUCCUCCCCUUCAGGGAUGCUGAAGCUUCCACCCUUUGCCAAGAGGUUGGGAUGGGUGUGUGUGUGGCGGGAGUAAAGGGAAGGAAGUAGAACUCCUGCUGCAACCAUCUUUAAUAUCCAUUCACCCCCGUCCACAAAGCCUUAUGUGUGGACGUUGGGGGUGUCUGUACCUCCAUUAUGGCUGGGUUACUGCAUUCCAGUAUCAGAGGUGUGGAAUGCAUCUGUGUACCCUGGGACUCAGAAGUAUUGCGCUUAGGUCCUCCUUGUGAGUUGCCCACAGGUAUCUGGCUUGCCAUUGUGAGAAGGGAAGACCCAAAUUCAUUUGAGAAACCCUGGACAUUAGCACUGGCAUGCCCAUUGCUCCAUCUGAUACCUUUGGGGGGGUUUGUUUGUUUCCUGAGCUAGCUGUGAUCCCGUCCGGAGAGACGAGGAAGACCGUGGCCCUGGUAAUGCCUGGAGCAACAAGGAAGAAGCCAAACAAGCUUUUAAGGAGCUGCUCAAGGACAAGGUACUGAUAGGGGCAGGUGGGUGGGCUGGAGGACCAGAGAUUCCCUCCUAGGAACGAGCAAACACGUAGCCUGGAUUGGCGCAGUCCAGGCAAAAACUUGACUACGAUUGUGUAAACUGGUCCUGAGAUGAGGGGCGAAGUGGGUGGGGCCAGUCAAGCUGGAAGUGCUAUUUUGGCUGAAAUGCUGCUGCUCUCUGGCUCCAGGGCGUCCCAGCAAGUGCGUCGUGGGAGCAGGCCAUGAAGCUCAUUAGCAGCGACCCGCGGUUCAGGUACAGUCUGAAACGAAUGCCCCUUCCUUCCCACAAUGUUAUUGCAGCCCCCAGCCUGCUUCACUGCACAGUUGGAAAUCCUGACUGUUGCAGGAAGGAGGAAAAAGUCCAGCUAGUCUUAGGCUUUGCCUGGCCCAGAGUGUUGUGUGGCUGGGAAUUCCCUAGCACUCCUUCCCCCCAUUCUCCCUCACCCCUUGUCACGGAUGGGUGCCGUCUCUGGAGAGCAACCCUUGAUGACCCUCUUGCGUUGUGCCCCAGCGCUUUGCCCAAGCUGAGUGAGAAGAAGCAGGCUUUCAAUGCUUACAAGGCUCAGCGGGACAAGGAGGAGAAGGAAGAGGCCCGGCUCCGGGCCAAGGAAGCCAAAGAGGAGCUUCAGCGCUUCCUGGAGCAGCACAGCAAGAUGAGCUCCAUCACCCGCUACAGGUAGAGAGUGCCAAAGUUGCAGCCAGGUUUCUUGCAGAGGGGCAGGAUCCCAGUGCAGUAGUUCUCUUUGAGUAGGGGGCACUUUAAGGCUCUUUAAGGAGGGAGCUAGGGCACCUGCAGGUUUCUUCCUGGCCCUUCCCACCCUGUUCUGAGUCUGAUUUGAUUGGCCCUGGACAGAGGAGGUGUCACUCCAUGUCUGCCCAGUCAGUGGGUACCAUCAAGUGCAAGUCAUCAUGUUCCAGGCUUCAUGUUGGGGUCUGGCAGGACCCAUCAAUCAAGCUUAGACCAGGAGGGAGGGAUCAUUCUUCAGCUCAGAGUCCUCAUUGGUGAAACAGGGGGCUGGAACUGGAAAUGCCGAAUAAUCUGGAGUUUGAAUUUCAGAGCAGAAGUAGCUUUUGGUUGCUGUUGACCAGGCAAGGGAGAAGGCUCCUACUGCCUAUUAUUGAUAUUAAAGCCUGGCCAAUCACGAGGGCCAUUGUUGCAUGCCUCUGCUCCCCUUGGUACCUGAAGAAGAAGCACAUACCUUCUGUGGCAGAUCAGGGGGCAUAAGUCCCAGCUCCAGCCUGCAAGAUUCCUCUUUCAAGCUCCAGAGUUUCUGUUAGCUCUGCUUUUUCCAGCAGUUCCAGUAGGAGUGUUCACAUGUUGCAGUCAGAGAGCUGAGCUGUACACUGGUGCCCUUAUUUGUGCCUGACGUGCAGCAAGCAUGCAGCCUAUGUACCUCUGUACACAACUAGCUGAGCUGAAGAAAUCAGCAAGUGCACACCCUUUCACACGAACACAUGUACCCGGGUUCCAUGCAAUGUGGGAAUAAGCUUCCUGGCACUAAUUAAAAAGUGAGAGAAGAAUCGAUCUUGGUGCUCCUGGCUGUGGCCACGCCAGAGGGCCUCUGUGUGCAUGCCCCCCCCUUGCCCACACGGCAGCAGCAGCAUCACCCCCCUGCUGCUUGCUUCCUUUCUUCUCCUGUCACCCCAGGAAAGCUGAGCAGAUGUUUGGGGAGCUGGAAGUGUGGGCUGUGGUGCCAGAGCGUGACCGCAAGGAGAUCUACGAUGAUGUUCUCUUCUUCCUGGCCAAAAAGGAGAAGGUAAAACGAAAACAAGGAGUGUGAGCAAAGGAGGACAGAGGUGGUUGAUCGUUUGCAUAGAAUCCAGGCGUUCCAUCUCCCAGAAUUCCCUCCCUGCCCAUCACCUCCCCAGUCCUCAUAAUGGAGAAGGCUCCCGGAGCUUGGGGGCAGGAAGCCGUGGGUCCUGCUGGGGUGGGUUCCGCCCCCCAAUGCUGUCCUCUGCCCCCCACCCAGGAGCAUGCCAAGCAGCUGCGCAAGAGGAACAUCCAGGCUCUGAAGAGCAUAUUGGACAGCAUGAGCCGCGUCAGCUUCCAGACCACCUGGUCCGAAGCCCAGCAGUACCUCAUGGACAACCCCAGCUUUGCCGAGGAUGAAGACCUGCAAAGUGAGGCGCCUUCCACCUUCCUAGUCCUUCUCUCUUUCCCCGCACAAAGCCUCCUAGGCGAAUGCACACCCCUCCCAGGUGGAAGUUCCAGAAUCACAUGGGCUCCUAUGAGGCUCUGUGCGCAUGACAGAAAUGUCACACCAGUAAGAAAAAGACUCACUAAUAGGGUGGGGUGGAGCCCUUCAGUUUACAAGUGGGGAAAGCUCAGACACCUAUCAAUAUCCAAAUCUAUAUCUGUUGCUAAUAAAUAAAAUAAAGGGAGACCCCGAGGCCCUGAAAUCCUAAAUACUGUGAUUAACCCCUUGAAAUAAAUAUAUUCUGUUGGCGUGGGCAUUUUGGUUGUGACCUGUUUUGGGUUUGUUGUGCUUUCCAGAAAAUAAUAAUAAUAAUAAUAAUAAUAAUAAUAAUAAUAAUAAUAAUAAUUUAUUAUUUAUACCCCGCCCAUCUGGCUGGGUUUCCCCAGAAGUCAUGAAAGCUUUGGUUCUAGGGCUAUAAAGCGUAGAAGCAGUGCUCAGAUGUCCUAGCCUUUGGCUCUCCUUGCUGCUGCCACCCCCACCCCACCCCUCCAGCACCACAUGCCUCUCCCCCCCCCGACCCCCCCCCCCAGCCAGAGAUGAUAGACUCCCCUCCCUGUUUCCCUGUGCUGUAGCCUGCCCCACCUUGCUGGCCCAGAGUGAUGCACCCCCUUGCCCAGCUGAGCUCGGGCCCCUCCCACCUCUUUCAGACAUGGACAAGGAGGACGCCUUGAUCUGCUUUGAGGAGCACAUCCGGACCCUGGAAAGAGAGGAGGAGGAGGAGCGUGAGCGCGGCCGGCUGCGGGAGAGGCGCCAGCAGCGCAAGAACAGGGAAGCCUUCCAGGUAGCUGCAGCUUUGGGGGGGGGGCACGAUCAGUGGGGGGAACCCAGAGCCCCUGUUUGGGAAGUGGGAGGCAGCCUUGCGGAAGGGCAGAGCACAUGGUUUGGUUGCAGAAGGUCCCCGUUCAGUCCCUGCCUGGGGUUGGGGGGGACGUCUGCCUAACACCCCAGAGAGUUGUUGCCAGUCCGAGUAGGCAACGACCAGGCUAGAUGGACCAAGGGCUUGAUGGGAACAAGGCAGCUUCAUACACUCUCUCUUGUAGCCGCAUUUGUAAUCAUCUGCUGCUUUAAAAAAAGGUAAAGGGACCCCUGACCAUUAGGUCCAGUCGUGGCCGACUCUGGGGUUGCGGCGCUCAUCUCGCUUUAUUGGCCGAGGGAGCUGGCGUACAGCUUCCGGGUCAUGUGGCCAGCAGGAGUAAGCCGCUUCUGGCGAACCAGAGCAGUGCACGGAAACGUCGUUUACCUUCCCGCUGGAGUGGUACCUAUUUAUCUACUUGCACUUGGACGUGCUUUCGAACUGCUAGGUUGGCAGGAGCAGGGACCGAGCAACGGGAGCUCACCCCGUCGCGGGGAUUCGAACCGCCGACCUUCUGAUCGGAAAGCCCUAGGCUCUGUGGUUUAACCCACAGCUCCACCCGCGUCCCUUUAUGUCCCUGCAAUUAUCUUGAGGAUAAAGGAAUUGUUAAGAUGGUUCGGCAACAGAGCAAAGGCAGAGACUAUUUUGCAUGCUCUUGACACAGACAAUGUUUGCUUUGACCUGAAAAGUAUUCCUGAUUUCCUAGGAAACGUUUGGAGGAGAGGCCUUAAAAAAAAAACAGCCCCUCCCAGUAUGAGCUGUGUUUGGGCUGCCUAGGGGGAACGUGGGGUUUGGGGGCCUGCUUUGGAGCACAUGGGCUGCCCCGCCCCCGACAGGGCCUGUAAAUGGGGGAGGGGCUGACUCCCCGAUCUCUCUCGCUCUAUCGUAGAAUAACCAGGCUGCUUCUUGCUCAGGCCUUCUUGGACGAGCUGCACGAGAGCGGGCGCCUGCACUCCAUGUCCACUUGGAUGGAGCUGUACCCCUCCCUCAGCACCGACAGACGCUUUGCCAACAUGUUGGGCCAGCCUGGUAAGCAGACGAUGGACAGGAGCCCCUGCCCCCACCCGCUUCCCCAUAGUGACCCUCAUCCAAAGGGGAGGUGCCUGGGAUGUAUUGAAAGAGAAAGCAGAAAGCCCAACACAGAGCAGUAGGCGUGAGCACCAGCUGAGGCACACAAAAAGGUUCCACAGGAGCGGGUGAAUUUAUGCAUUGGGUUGUGCUCCUGGUAGUGAUUUAGUUGAGCCGAUGUGAGAAGAUGGGCGUUCCAGCUAACCAAUGGGAAGAGAAAGCUGUCGCCGCGGAACGUUCGUAGUCCAACUUCUGUGAAGAGUGGUAUUUGUCAGUGCGGCUGGGGUUUAAAAGCACCACAAAAACAAAGAGAGAAAGCAACUCCCCACCCGCAAGGAAUUGCCCCUGAAGAAGGAAGGAACCCUUUCCAAAAUGCAUGGGGCAUCAGUAAAAAUGGUUGCUUCCAGAGACAGACCAUUGUCUUCUCUCUUGUUCUUAUGGUGGGCAACAUGGCUUGUUUCAGGGGAUUAAAAAGCACUCUUCUGCUAAUGAAAAGUGCUCAGUGGAGGAAAAGGAUGGUUGGAGGGUUUCGGGAGCUUCCAUUCCUAGAUUCUGUCCCUUUUUUUAGUUUAGUUUAGUUUAGUUUAGUUUAGUUUAGUUUAGUUUAGUUUAGUUUAGUUUUCAGAGGGUAUAACUCAGAGGUAGGAGAACAUGCUUAGCCUUUUGAAGAUCCCAGAGUCAACCUUCAUCAUUUCCAAUUAGUGAAUCCAAGCCCUCAGAUUUUUAAUUGGAAACAUCGAGGAUUGAACCUUGGAUCUUCAGCAUGAAGAUUGAUGCUUGAAGCCCUUGAACCAGAGUUAGCAGCUCUGAGCUGGGGACACCCAUUGGCUUCAUUCAAGUUUUUAAGGCAACUUACCUUAUCUCAGUGUUUUUCAGACUCCCUGUCUUUUGGGGGGAUACAUUUUCAGCAUGGAUUUUUCUGCCGUUGCAUCUCUGUACAUUGCACAGGAUUCUGGAGAAUGUUUUUAACGCAGAGGGUGAGGAAGGUGUGGACUUCAGCUCCCAUCAGCUCUAGCCAAAAUGGCCCUGAUAGUCAGGGAUGAUGGGAAUUGUAGUCCAGCAGUAUCUGGACUACACCUGCCUCACCCAUGUCCUAGGGUCUUCCACUGAUGCAGGGUUCUUCACUUUCACCUGGCCUGAACUGAGAGUGAGCCAGAGAACACACUUUCUGUUCUUCUGUUGUUGCAGAUUACUGGGUGAGGUGGGGGACUGGUAGUGGUCUACCAGGGAUUGUUGUCUUGUCAUUUACUGGGCUGCUGAUAAACUUCUAAGGAAUCCCGGGGCAGUUCGAAAGCCACUGUCUUAAAAAACUUCCUUCUUGCAGGCAUGAAUAACGGGAUGUGUUCUUCUCCCCUUCCACAGGCUCCACCCCACUGGACCUGUUCAAGUUUUACGUGGAAGACCUGAAGGCCCGCUUCCAUGAUGAAAAGAAGAUUAUCAAGGACAUUCUGAAGGUGUGGCCAUAGUGUGCGUUGGAGGGACAUGGAGAGAAUGAAACACCUAAGUUCUUCCUGGUCUACUGCUCCCUCUCUGAAUCCCAACCUGUGCUUCUCUCCAUGAUCCCAGAGCUGGCUGCACCUUCUCCCCUGUGUUCAAUCGCAGUUCUUUUUCCAGAAGCUUCUUCUCUUGGCAAUGAAUCCAUAGUGUCAUUUGAAAUGCUAUUCCUUCACAAGCGGAAAAUCAGCCAUGUUUUCAUAACUGUGUCAAUUUCACUGUGAAGAGAAACAAGUACAGUGAUACCUUGGAAGUCGAACGGAAUCCGUUCCGGAAGUCCGUUUGACUUCCAAAACGUUUGGAAACCAGGGCACGGCUUCUGAUUGGCUGCGGGAAGCUCCUGCAGCCAAUCGGAAGCCGCGGAAGUUGCGUCGUACAUUUGGGUUCCAAAGAACGUUUGAAAAUUGGAACAAACAAAGGUAUGACUGUACAGUCUACCUUGUGUCAAUUCACUUUUUGUGAAUUAAAAAAAAGUAAUGAGUGAAAUUGACAUGCAGCAGAUGUUGGAGAGAGUGGUUUGGAACAGGCUAUCUUGAUACUUUGUGGUUUUUGGAGGGAAAUAGGGGAAUUCCUAAUUCUGUUGUUCUCCUCUGUGCACCCCCCCAAUCUCUCCUUGGUAGGACCGGAGCUUCAGCGUAGAAAUAAACACAACCUUUGAGGACUUCGCCCAUGUCAUCAGUUUUGACAAGCGUGCUGCCACGCUGGAUGCCGGCAACAUUAAGCUGACUUUCAACAGUGUGAGUAGGGCAGGGGUCUGUCAGUGUGCCUCCAGACUGUCAGCGGGAGGGAUUCCAGCGAAUGCGAUUUGUGUGAUUAAAGUGAGUUAAAGGGAUCUGCCGCCCUCACAUGUCAGUUCCACUUUCAAAAGGAAGAAAAAUACCGUAUUUUUUGCUCUAUAAGACUCACUUUUCCCCUCCUAAAAAGUAAGGGGAAAUGUGUGUGCAUCUUAUGGAGCGAAUGCAGGCUGCGCAGCUAUCCCAGAAGCCAGAACAGCAAGAGGGGUCGCUGCUUUCACUGCGCAGCGAUCCCUCUUGCUGUUCUGGCGUCUGAGAUUCAAAAUAUUUUUUUUCUUGUUUUCCUCCUCCAAAAACUAGGUGUGUCUUGUGGUGUGGUGCGUCUUAUAGAGCGAAAAAUACGGUAAUUGGGCUGAUUACUGUUUGGAAAGUGAUGGGGAAAUGCGUUGAAAAAAGUGGGAUGCACAAAUGAUCAAUGAGAAGACAUGUAAAUAUCCCACAAGCAAAUCAGGAUGAAUGCACCUCGUAGCAUAACAUCUUGGCUGAAAGCCACAGUAAUAAUCCUCAGUAGUCUAAUCUCCACAUAAGCUUUGUUCAAGCAUAUCAGGAUAAGUGCUCUAUAAAUAGGUUACCUGGAGGAGUCCGAGUUGCUUGCACAAGAAGUACGGCACAAUUUCCAAUAGCUAAGUGCAUCUGAAAGGCAGGGGCCAACAUGCCCCUUCAGUACAGUGACUGGCCCCUUGUUGGCUCCAAAUAAAUGUUCCUUAGGAGCAGUGGAGACUGUAGGAGCACAUUAUAGGGAGCAGGAUACCCUCAACCCUCUUUCAUAAUACUAGGACUUGGGAUUCACUGGAUGAAGAUGCUAGGCUAGGGGUGGGGAGUGCGGAACAGUGGUAAUCUCGAUGUUGUCCCAAUUUCCAUCAGCCCCAGAAUGCUGGGAAUUGAUGGGAGCUUUAGUCUGAAACCCUGGAGAGCUGCUGCCAGUCUGUGUAGACAAUACUGAGCUAGAUGGACCAAUAGCCAGAUUCAGCUUAAGGCAGCUUUGUAUGUUCCUAUGGCUGAUCUGGCAAGGAGGAUAAUUUUGCUCAUUCAGUGCAAGGAAUGGGGAGAUCCCUAAGGGCCAUUCGGGUUCUGUGACCAGCGGAGGUUAAGAGGAAUGCCGUAUAGUGAUGCUCUCUGCUUCCCUGCCCUCAGCUGCUGGAAAAGGCCGAGGCACGGGAGCGUGAACGGGAGAAGGAAGAAACUCGCAAGAUGCGGCGCAAGGAGGCCGCAUUCAAGAACAUGUUGCGCCAGGCAGCUCCUCCGCUGGAACCCAACAUUGCCUGGGAUGAGGUGAGGUUUUCUGCGCUCGGUUGCAGGACCAGCUCCAGCUGCCUUUAUCUAGAGUUGCAUGAAUUGGCUACUAGAGAGGAGAACGAGCAGGGCUGAAGUUCAGAGAUAAGGCACGUGCUUUGCAUAUAGGAGGUCCCAGGUUAAUUCCUGGGGAACUGGGAGAGGCUCCUGUCUUAAAUCCUGGAGAACCACCACCAGUAAGUAUUGGCUUGUUGUUGUUUAGUCGUUUAGUCGUGUCCGACUCUUCGUGACCCCAUGGACCAGAGCACGCCAGGCACUUCUGUCUUCUACUGCCUCCCGCAGUUUGGUCAAACUCAUGCUGGUAGCUUUGACAACACUGUCCAACCAUCUCAUCCUCCGUCGUCCCCUUCUCCUUGUGCCCUCCAUCUUUCCCAACAUUAGCGUCUUUUCCAGGGAGUCUUCUCUUCUCAUGAGGUGGCCAAAGUAUUGGAGCCUCAGCUUCAGGAUCUGUCCUUCCAGUGAGCACUCAGGGCUGAUUUCCUUAAGAAUGGAUAGGUUUGAUCUUCUUGCAGUCCAUGGGACUCUCAAGAGUCUCCUCCAGCACCAGAAUUCAAAAGCAUCAAUUCUUCGGCGAUCAGCCUUCUUUAUGGUCCAGCUCUCACUUCCAUACAUCACUCCUGGGAAAACCAUGGCUUUAACUAUACGGACCUUUGUUGGCAAGGUGAUGUCUCUGCUUUUUAAGAUGCUGUCUAGGUUUGCCAUCGCCUUUCUCCCAAGGAGCAAGCGUCUUUUAAUUUUGUGGCUGCUGUCACCAGUAUAGGCAGUACUGGGCAAAAGGGGACCAAUGGUCUGAUUCUGCACAAGACAGCUUUUAAAUGCCUAGUGUACUGACACAUGCAGAGGUGCAUUGGGCUGCCUCCUUUGGAGGGCAGGUAAUUCUUCUGCAUCAAGAGUGAUCACAUGAUUCUAUCAAACCUAGUGUAUAGCAGUGUUAUUUACCCCCAGUUGAGGACGACUGGAAGGCAACAAAAGCAGACCAGUGACUUGUGCCAAGACACAGCGUGGGUGGGCUGCUCUCUGCGUCAUGGGAACCUUUACUUAUUUUCAUUUUUUGCAGCAUGCACUUUGGGAAUGACUGCUUCCAAAGCCUAAAGUUGAUCUUCCCUAGAAAACUUUUUUUGUCUUAAUGCAGUUGAUGCAAACACUUUAGUGACCGAAGACAAUAAUUGCCACUGGAUGCCUCCCUCCAUCAGUAAUAAUCUAGAAGCUCUUGUGUGAAGCACCUAAAGCCUUUCCUGUCUGAGGAGGAGGGGUUAGGAUAUCCUGUUGGGAAUCUGAGGUUGAGGUUCCCACGCAGCAGAAGUUGCCUCCAGUUCCAGUCACCACACAGAGGCUUAAGGUCCAAAAUAGUUUACUGCUGUAGAUGAUAAGGCUUCAGUAAUACAGUUCCAAACAUUGAUAUAUACAUACAGCUUGUAGGCUUUGCAGAUACAGAUAUACAAGCACAAAUUAUCUCUAUUGCUGCAGCCUAAAGAUGUAAAACAGACUCCGACUCAUGGACAGACUCACUGACUGAGUACUGAGCUAACAUGCCUUAAUCACUUAUGGUACAAGUCCAUUGCCAUAGCAGCUGGCUUAUCUCAUACUUGGGGUGAUGUGUGCUCAUGAAGGAAAUUAACUCUUUCCUCCAUGUCCAGUUCCUCCAACAUGUUCACCCCCCCCCCUUUUUGGCUUUCCUUUCCAGGUCCGAGAGCGGUUUGUCAACAACAUAGCAUUUGAGCAGAUCACGCUGGAGUCAGAGCGGAUCCGCCUUUUUCGUGAGUUCCUGCAACUACUAGAGGUGAGCAGGGGCUGAUUGGGAGGGUCAGAGUGGUUGAGCCUCAGCGGGAACUUCCGCUAAGGGGAUCUGUGGGGUGGGAUUGCCUGAUGAUGAGAGGCUGAAGUAGUGGGGAUGGAGAAGGCAGCAAGCCAGGGAGGCUGUACCAGAAGAAGGGCCAGCUCAGGAUUUUUUCUGCAAUUUGGAUUCACACACAUGCACCCCGCUCUCUUUGUCUCCCUCUCCCCACAGACCGAGUGCCAGCAUUUCCACGCCAAGGCCAAGAAACACACCAAAAAGCCCAAGAAACACCAUCGCAAGCGGUCUGCUUCGGUGAGACCAGGGGGCUGUGGUGGGAAGAGAUGGAGGGGGGUGACUGAAGUCAGGAUGGUGAGACAUGUUCAUCAAAGCCAAGUGGCAGAGAGCAUUCUUCCCCCAUCCUAUUGAAACUCUGGGUUGGUGUUUUUGCAGCAAGAAGUGUUGGGAGAAGCUCAGUGGCCUACACCUGCAGUGGAAUGAGGUGGAAGAGUAGACUGCACCCCCAUGUACACAAUUGCCUGUGAUUUUUAAAAAAAGAAAUAUCAGCAAAGAAGGAGCGGACUAGCCUAGGACUUUUUCAUGCAUGUCCUAGAUUUUUCACUUGCAGGGAGUUGUCUAUCCAAAACUGGCAGGUGUGUCCACACAGCACGCACACACACUAUCACCCUAGGAUUCUGCCUCCUCACUUGGCAGUGAUUUACAUAAUGACAUAAGAUUUACAUAAUUACAAAAAAACCCCAAAUUUAAGUCGUUUUCAUGAAUGAAAGCAUCUCAGUACAUAUACAGUAAAAUUAAGCAAUCCCUACAUAAUUCAUAAAAAGGUCUAACAAGACAGAAAAACAUUAAAUCAGUUACAGUAAAAAUUAAGCAUCUCCAAGGUCAAAUCCUGACCACCACAAAGCCCCCAGAUAGUCUUGACGCAUCCUGAGUAGCAGGUUGUGCAGAGCUCGCAAGUAAGAUGGUCUCUGGCCUCUUCAGCAGCAGUAGGUGGGGUCCGUCAGGGUCUCCCAGGCCAGGUAGAAAUAGGCGCAGAAAGGGAGUGAGCUAGCCUAAGACCUUCCUCCCUGACAUGCUUGGUGACAAUUAGCCCUUGUGAUCUCCUGUGGUUUAUUAAUGGCAUGCCGGGCUUCCCAAGUGCUAGUCUGCCCUCCCUCUGGGAGAGGGUGACUGACGAGUGCAAAUUUCUCCCCUCAGGGGUCAGAGUCAGGCUCAGACCACCCCCACCGCACAGCCAAGCGCAAGAAACGAAACCAUUCGGAAUCGGCUGGUUCAGGACCGUCGUCGUCACCUGAUUCAGGUAAGAGUGGGGCAUUUUGCAGAGCCGAGUAGUUGAUUCAAACUGCCAUUCUGAGGGAAGUUUCCUCUGCCUGAGGGCCAUACAGUGGUACCUUGGGUUAAGUACCGUAUUUUUCGCCCUAUAGGGCGCACCAGCCCAUAGGGCGCACUUAUUUUGGGGGGGGGGAUUUAUUCCCCCCCCCCGAGCCCCAAAGAGCAAAGAAGCGAUGACAGCGAGCGGGAUGGAUCCCGCUAGCUGUCCUGGCUUUGUUUUUAGCCUCCGGAGAGCGCCCCGUGCUUCGGGCUGCAGGCUGCUGCCCACAAGCCUUGCGAGCCCAGCGGGAACUCCCGGCGGGCUCCCAAGGCUUGCGGAUAGCUUCCUGAAGCCUGGAGAGCGAGAGGGGUCGAUGCACACCGACGCCUCUCGCUCUCCAGGCUUCAGCGAAAGCCUGCAUUCGUCCCAUAGGACGCACACACAUUUCCCCUUCAUUUUUGGAGGGGAAAAAGUGCAUCCUAUAGAGCGAAAAAACGGUACUUAAUUCGUUCCGGAGGUCCGUUCUUAACCUUCAACUGUUAUUAACCUGAAGCACCACUUGAGCUAAUGGGGCCUCCUGCUGCCGCCAUGCCGCCGGAGCACGAUUUCUGUUCUCAUCCUGAAGCAAAAUUCUUAACCUGAAGCAUUAUUUUUGGGUUAGCGGAGUCUGUAACCUGAAGCGGAUGUAACCUGAAGCGUAUGUAACCCGAGGUACCACUGUAUUCCCUAGUGGGCCACCUUCCUGGGUGGGGGUGAGGCAAUGGGGUGUCACCCUUCUCUCAGCAUAGCAGGGUGCUGGCCAGCCACGCAAAAGGCAGAGGUUUCUACAUGGGCAUCUCUCCACUGAGGCCAGCAAGAGCCAUUAUUACAGUAUGAGGAUGCAGUCCAGCCAGGCGGAAGAAGUGGAGGCCGGGGGGGGGGGGUAAGGGCCAGGGAGGGGUGUGGCCUGGGGAAUGUCUCAAGGGUCAAAAGGAGAGGUCUGGAGGGCCAUGUGUGAGGUUCCCCACCUUUGGUAUACAGAAACCCGAUCACUGUGUGUGAGGGGCAGUGCUGGAUUAAAGCCCAUGGAGGCCCCUAGGCAGUCAAAAUCUCGGGGGCUCCCUUGCAAAUUAUCUCCUAAUACGUUUGUGAUUUUACCAACCAACAAUUUUAAUAAACCAAGGGGUGGGGCCCCUAAAAAGCGUGGGGCCCAUAGGCCAGUGCCUACUCUGCCUAUUUGGUAAUCCAGCAUGGGUGAGGGGGCUUUGGCACCCACAUGAAUCACGUGACACCCUGGCCACCCUUCCGCCUACCUGCUGAAUCCAGCCAGCGGUGCGUCUGUUCCUCUGUCUGGAAUGGGCAGGGAUCCACGGAGGUUUGCCUGCCGGCGGGUCAGUCUAAACCGGCUCUUUUGCCUGCUCCCACUGAGGGAUGGCAGCACCCACAUGCUGUGUCUCUCCCCCCCCCCGCCCACAGAGCACAGCACCAGGCGCUCCAAGAGGCAGAAGAAGAAAAGCAAGAAAAAGAGGCACAAAUCGGUGAGUCCCACGGCAGGACACAGGUGAAACAGGUGCGGGGGAGGCAAGGGGCUGGAGCAAUACGUCCAAAGCCAGGUCUCUGGGGACCGUUGAGGGAGAGGAAUCUGUAUAGGAAUGCAAGGCCAGGGGUGUUCCACGCUGACCGAUCGGGAAAUGGAGUUCUGUGACCUGCAUGGCUUUGUCCCAGGGGUGGAGGCACACAAAGCAGGUCAUUGGCUGGGUGGGAAGCCAGCUGGGUGGGAGCCCCAUGUGAUAGAUAGAUAGAUAGAUAGAUAGAUAGAUAGAUGGAAGGAAGGAAGGAACCAACCCUAUAGGAGCCUUCUCCUAUAGUGAGACUGGCAGUGAGACUGGCCUCAGGAGGCGCAGAGCUCUUGUUGGCUGGAGGUAUUUAAUGAGAGGUUGGACGACCCACCUGCCAGGGAGGCUGCUGCAGCUGCAAGAGCCCUACAAGAGCAGAGGGCUGGACUAAAUGGUCUCCCAAGUUCCUUUUAGAUCUGUGAUUCUGUAGUGUGAAUUAAGCAGAUUUUCCUCUUAGCUGCAUCUUUUACUCUGCUGCUGUUUACUCAUGUUUCUGUGUCUGUAAUGGUGAAUGUCAAUGUGCUAUGAAAGCCCCUUUUACCUCAAGAAAUCCUGCUUGGUUUCUCCCCACCCCAACUUCUUGCAUUGUUGAGAUUUUUAGUAUAUAUUUGCAGUUUUUAAGGGAUUCUUUAAAAAAAAGAAAGAAAGCUAAAUUUCUCAGGAUGCAUAGUUCUGUACACAGUGCACAAUUAUGUCGUAUUUAUGGAUAUCAUCUCCCAUUUAAUGUACAACACAAUGAGUGGCAGCAUUUGCAGGGGAUGGAGGCUGAGUGUGGACUGCAUCCAUUGAAGCGCAUGGAGGGUGACGCGCAAGUUCUGUUUGUGGGAUUGCAAAGGAGUCAUCGCAUGUCCAGUCCUAUAGGGAGAACAUGACUAAGGCCACACUAGUUGUCAGCAGUUCACACGUUCUGUUGUCAAAUCACCCAGUGUGCAAGGAUUGUGUAGGAACAAAGUCAAGUGAUGCAUUGCCACAUAUGUGUGUGUGAGAAUGAGACCUGUGUGACUGCAGAGUCGAAUGGUGAGGUGUGAGGGAGCGAAUGUGCCCAUAGAGAUCCAUAUGUGAGCCGUCAUUUGAUGCUGCAGUCUUGCAGGCUUCACACACACAGACGUACACAGACAUACCUGCACAUCAUUUGAUUUCUCUGCAUCUGAUUCCUGCACGCAGAAAGGCUGCCAGCUGAGUGUGUGAACUGUGAUUCCACUAGAAGCACUUUUAUUUCAGGUGAGCUGAGCAGAUGUAAAAGUUCUGUGCUUGAAAGUGCCUUGAGUGCUUCAGAGACUGCUAUAAAAUCCAGUGGGUUGGUUUGUUUCAUGUUUGGAGGAUCAGGAUGGCUGAUCUGCACCUAUGUUUUCUUUUUCUGUGGUUAUAGCACGUGUCCUUGGACCAUUAGUCAGAGCUAUUUAGGUACCAUUAGCCAACCAUUUAUUAACACCUUCCCAUGUCUACUGCCUGCUUUUGGCACACUGUAAAUGACAUUAUGUGCUUUAAUCCACAGGCGGUAAAGUGUGAUGGAGUGUUUUGCCUCGGAGCACGGGGAAAAGAGAUUAGAAUCAGAAAACUUUCCAUGCCCUUAUGAUUCUGUGGUCAGAAGUGUUUGUGUUUUUGUGCUAUGAUGAAUGCAAGCACAUUACCCAGUAUCUGGUACGAAAGGCAGCAUCCUGAGCAUCUCAGCUUUCUUUUUCAAAUAAAGAUUCUAGACCUUAUGAUUGCAAAGAUGUACUUGAAGGCACAAGGGCAAUGCCUUAUGAAAUCCUAGACCAGAGGAGUUUCUGAAUAAAGGUUUCAAUAUCUGUAUCCUUUCCCCACAUUUAGAGGCCAAGUGGUGACGACAGCAACAGUGCCUUUUCUGCAGUGGCCCCUUCUGCUCUGUAUUGUUCUCUUUCAGAGGCGGCUCGGCCGACACUCAACUUGGAUUAGCUUCAGGCCCAAAAUUAAAGUGCUUUUAUUUGCCCAGGUUUUUACCACCACUGGUUCUUAUUGCUUCUGCUGCUCUUUCCGUUUGACCGUGUUGUUCUUUUUAAUUCUUUAUAUUUUGCAUAUCAAAAUUGUCAGCCACCUUGGAAACUUUGUAAUCGAAGAUACAGAUUUUAUAAAGCAGGGGUGGGCAAACCUGUGCAGCCCUCCGGAUGCCACGGGACUCCCACCUCCCAUCACCCCUGACUCUUGUUCCAUACUGGAUCCUGCUGAUGUGAAUUGGAGUCCCAAGAACUCCAGGAGGGCCUCAGGUUAGCCGUACUGCUGGAUUCUGAUCAGAGCAGCAGCAACUGCAUUGCUAAGGGAUCCAGAAAGAAGCAGGGUCACUUGUGUCCAGAACACAACUUGCCAGCUAGUUUCCCCUUGGGGUUCUUUUUCUCAGUUAAGGCUCGUUGAUUGUCUCAGCACAGACUCCUCACAACCUUGUCUGUAGUCUUUUUCUGCAUUGCCUUAGCCCACUCCGCUUUUGCCACCUUCUUCCCUAUAUUGGGCUGGUCACCGCUGAGCUGGCUGGGCCACUAGCAGCCCCCUGCCGGCUGCCCCAGCCCAGGCCCCUUUUGCCCUCGAGUUUGCAAGCUGCUUCUUUUACAGAACAGCCCUGAAAGUGAAGCUGAGCACAAGAAGGACCCGAGCCGACCCGACGAGUGGGAGCGAGAGAAGGCCCCUCCGCGACCUGAGGGAAGAGGCCACUCCCCUCCCCGGGGCACCAGGAGGGAGCGGGUGAGCCCUGGGAGGAAAUCAAACGGCACCAGGGAUGGUGGGUGGGAAGAGGCAAGGAGGAUUUGGAAGUGGGGAGGAGGAGGAGGAGGCGGCAAGGUGAGGUGGUGGGCGGGCAAAGGUGCUGGGGUUUCUCACUCGCGCUCCUUUCCCUGGCAGAGCGGCUGGGACACCUCAGAGAGCGAAGAGCUCAGUGAAGGGGAGCUGGAACGUCGGCGCCGGACUCUGCUGCAGCAACUGGGUGACCAGUAACCACCGCGGCCUCUUUUGAGGCUCCCCUUCCACACACGCCAGACCCAAUUGGUCCUUGUUCCUGCGUAGGCUGUGCCUUCCUUUGGCUGCGACAGCGCCCAAGCCAAGCGUGUGCACUGCUCUGGCCCGGAACCUGCACAAUUGGGCUGCAGUGCCCCCCUCCACCCCCCUGCUUGCUUCCGAGUCGGGAGCAGGCCCUGCCCACUGGCAGGGACGGCCUCCAUCGAUUCCCCCUGUCUGCAUGGAGCCACCAGGACAGGGAGGAAGGAUUUGGCUGUACUGUCUGGACCUAAAAUUCAGAACCAGCUCUGGGAUCCAGCCUGAAGAAGAUUAGAGGGAAUAGGGUUAGGGGCUCCUCCGUGCAUCAGUUGGCAACGUAGCACAGGAGCAAAUGGCAUCUCUUCUCGACGUUUCACCAGGGCUGCACCUGCUUGGAGCCUCCUUGGCCUAGAACCAGAAUGGCAGGGUCCAGUUUGUUUAUCACAGCAUCAGCCCUGCCUGGGGAAUGUGGUCCAGGAAUGGGGACAGGAUGUAUGUUCCUGGUUGUUUUUUGUUCUUUUUUUUUUAAGGUUUGUCUCAGUGACUGGAUCCUUCUUUCUGGUUGCAGUAACCCUUGUGUGUUGAGGAUUCAGUGGGAUUUUUCAAACAAUAUUUAUAAUAAACUUGGACUAGAAUUAUCCUUCUCUGGUGGGCCUCCUGUAGAAGAUUGGUUUAAAUUUGAGAAAUCUGAAGCUUGGGUUAUCUUUC